CGCCACCGAAAAGGCGCACCAAAAUUUUUCCGCCACCAGAAUCGCUGGCCUGUCUUAAUCCUCAUCGAUCAUGUCAGACGAUCGAUGAGGUUCAAAGCUAAAACACUCUGAAUAAUCUUUCAUAGUAUUCUGUUCGUUGGAGAGUUCAACUUCAACCAGGAGAAACUUGCUCGUAUUCAUUUGGGAGACUGGAAAUUGUAAAAGACGAGAUGGCAUUCUUGCGUGUGCAUUGGGGCCAUAAUAAUGGACACUCAACGAUCUCACCAUUUCCGAAGUCAGAGGAACAGCACGGUUGUUUGAGUCGGAUUCAUUCUAUUCCAAAACAAGCGAUCAACCACAAGAAGUACUUUAUGGAUCCCAAGUCGCAGCUGCAGAUGGCUCAAUCCCGCGGUCUGGGUGUUUGUGGUAACGGUAACGAUAAUCGCAUGACUACGGCGGCCUCAAACUUUUCUGAAUGUGGCCGUCGUCUGCUCCAUUCUGAUUCCGCCUUCAAUGGUUGGAGAGAAAUAAGCAAAAUCCAUCCAAAGAAAAGGAUUGUUGACAAGGACGAUGACGUUGCUGAAAAACUCGAUCAGUGGGUGAGAGAUUCCGUUGCGGAGAUAGUGAGUAACAUUGGGGAAGCACCUUUCCUGGUGCACAUCUACUGUGAUGAGAAGGAGGAAUCUUCAUCAAUUAGCAGAAUCAGAUUGGUGAGAGAGAAGGCUGCCGCAGAGAGCUGGCCCCUAAUAAGAGGAAGAUGGGAGGGAGGGAGGUCCAUCCCAAAUGGAGUUAUUUUGGUGGAAGAACUGAAUAGCAACGAACUCUCAGUCUCGGAUGAAGAAGCAUUCAAAAAUUCAGGUGUCGACAGCAAGCUGUAUUCUACAACCAAAGUGUGGGGGGUGCUUAUUCAAGGUAGAGGAGGAGCUAACUGCACUGCUUGCUAUAUCCUCAAGACUUGUCGAGUUCAGUCAUUGUCUGGAUUCUGCACUCACUUUUGUUUAGUUAGGGUGGAGUGCUUUGUGGAAAGUGCAGAUAUUCAACUUAAAAAAUUGUGGUUGCAGACGUAGUUAAUCUAUGUAUAUCUUACUCGCUAUGUAACUGUUCCAUUUUUUUUUGAAAUAAUGACAUCCUAUGUAAAGCUUUUAAUCAAAACAAAAGCGCAACGAGCGUUGUCCAACUUUUGUAAAGCGUCGUGCAUAUUCCUUCCUAUAAUAAACCAAGUGUUUGGUUUUGG